UUCACCACAAAGACAGUAUUGUGGCAACUAAAGCUGCUUGUUUCACUGCAGAAUUGGUGAAGUGGGACAACACUCGUAGCGGACUUCUUCAUUUGUCGGGAUGUCACAUUUGGAGGCGCAGGUUGGCGCAGUUUUGGAGAUCAUGGUCAGUGCGACCGUCGCAGAAAUGACCAAAGUUAUCGGCGGCUCCGACUCAACACGUCCAGAUUUGUCAUCGUGCAGGGCUGAAAACACGCUCGGCUCCUCGGCUGAGACGGUGAUCCAGUUCAGCGUCUUCAUGGCGUCUCUGGCUCGAGAAGCUGUGGAGAAGAUCUGCCAGCUGUUCCAUGAAUGUUCCUCUCUGCUGCGGUCAGAAGUGACACAGGGAGUAGCAGAGACUGAGGACCUGAGGAGGAGGCUGGAGGUGGCAGAGAUGGAGUUGAAGCUGGUGCUGGAGGGCAGCGGAGGCCGGAAGGAUGCGGAGGGGCUGACGGAGGGAAGCGGCAGAGCGAAGGAGGGCAGGAGGGCUCCGACCAAUGGAGCAGAAGGAGAAGCUGUCCAGAGCCAGCGCUCAGGGAGGAAGAGCUGCAGAGUUGUGGCUGGUGGUGACGCUGGAGUGAAGAGAUCGCCUAUAAUUCACCUCUGGAAAGGCAGAACCUAUGAGGACAGCGUCCAACCUGUGAUAAUAAAGGAGGAAGGAUUGGAGGCGUUCACUGACCAGGUGUCCUCUGAUUCUGGUCAGUACAGAGAUGAGCCGGGCCAGGACGAUGGCGACGACCCAGACUACCAGUUGGAGCCAGAAGAUCCAGACGACGGUGACCCAGGAUACACCACUAGACCUAAACGUGUUGUAAAGCCCAAGUCCCAUCGAGGCCGAGCGAAGAAGGAGAGUCCGAGUCAGAACCAGCAGCCUCUGAGCUGCAAACACUGCAGGAAAACCUUCAGCAAGCUGCUGCAGCUCAAAGCCCACCAGGCCGUCCACGGGGCAAACGCAGAGAAGCCCUUCCACUGCUCUCAGUGUGGCAGAGGCUUUUCUUUCCAGCGCAGCCUCAACGCACACAUGCUGCUUCAUACAGGUGAGAGACCCCACACCUGUGAUGUUUGUGGGAAGGGUUUCACCCUGAAGCAGCUCCUGAGGAACCACCAGCGUCUCCACGCUGAGGUCCGGCCGUUUCGCUGUGAACAGUGUGGAAAGAGCUUCUACCGAGCUCACGGCCUAAAAAUGCAUCAGAUGGUCCACACAGGAGAGCGAGCCUAUAACUGCCAGUACUGCAACAAAAGCUUCACAAUACAAGGCAACCUGCAGCGCCACCUGCGCAUACACACAGGGGAAAAGCCGUUCAGGUGCGACACUUGUGGCAAGAGCUUCAACCAGGCCGACACUCUGAAAGGCCAUCAGCGGAUACACACAGGUGAGCGUCCCUUCAGCUGCGAGACCUGUGGCAAAUGUUUCACCCAGAAGAGCGCCUUGAAGAUGCACCAGAAGACGUCUCACUCGGGCGAGAACUCGCUGGCAUGCGUGGCGUGCGGCACCACGGCGGCCUGCGUGGACUCGCUCCGCAAACACCUCCAGACGCACGCGGCGACUAUUCCGUGCACGUGCGUGCUCUGCGGCCGGCGGCUCAGCUCCAUCACCGACCUGCGCUCGCACCAGCAGCACCACACGGUGGACCGGCCUCACAGCUGCGGGCUCUGCGGGAAGAGUUUCAAGUCGUCCAGUUACCUGAAGAUUCACCUGAAGACGCACAGCGGGGAGAGGCCCUUCUCCUGUGACAUCUGUGGUCGCCUCUUCACACAGCACAGCAGCCUGAAAUCACAUCAGGUGGUCCACACGGGAGAGAAACCGUUCAGCUGCGACACAUGUGGGAAAUGUUUCAGCAACACGGGCAACCUGAACAGACACCAGCGUAUCCACACCGGGGAGAAGCCGUUCAGCUGCGACACGUGUGGACGCAGCUUCAACCAGGGCAACAGCCUGAAAGCCCACCAGCAGAUACACACCGGGGAGAAACAGUUCAUGUGCGACAAGUGUGGGAAGAGUUUCUCCUAUCUGAGGAACUUGAAGGACCACAAGUGUUUCUACAUCUGAAGCUCAGCUGUAAUGUGACACCUUCCCUGGUGGCAGAGUGGAUGGAGUCAGCUUCCCUUAACCUGCACAGGAGUGAGAUGAGUGGGUGGAUAAGAAGAAAGAGUUUGCAGGGAAAGUGGUUUUGGUGAUUCUGAAGUUGGGUUUACCACAAUAGUUUUGUCUCACUGUGAAGUUGUCCUCGAGAGGCGGUGAGGAUAGACGCCGCGUGGAGUUCAGACGAGUGGACAAAUAAAUUCACAGCCUUGAGUUGAAAAGGUGGAGACGGUUACUGUGUACAUUAUCAGGCUCAAAAGAAAAUGUGACAUGCGUGGGAAUAACUGACUUGCAUUUCCGAAGUAUCCUGGUGUGACUGGAGGAACUUGUAUUUCAUGUACUGAGAACCUUUUCCUUCUUUAUUUGAAUAUAUUUGUAGCAGAGUUCGCUGGCUGAAAGUUCAGAAGAAAGCUCAGAGCUUCCUAAAGUUGUUCAGCUUGUUGUUAGAGGUGGGAGGUGAACUGGUUUCAUCACAGUGUCACGGUCUGCAGCGACAUGGCUCUUACAAUACUGUCAUCACCGUGCUAGAUGUUUUAAUGUAAUGAAAUGCUUUAGUGUGGCCGCGUUAACAGGCAGGUAGAGGCCUCACUUAAAUUCACAGAGCUGGAGUUCACGAACUGUUUCCUGAUGAGUAAAGCACAGCAGUUUCUCUGUUCUCUGCAAGAACCAACGCAAAAGUCUUCAUCUACUCCGGUCAUGAAAAGGUGAAGUCCAAGUGGAUUAACUUAACUUAAAUAAUAUCUCCACCACAAGUGGGCUGCUUUGAUGGCCCACACAAAGCAGGAUUCGCUUCAAAACUGAAGCUCUGGGAUGAAUCCAUACAACAUGUUUUGCCAUUUUUAUGUUUUUCUCUUUAUUUUGCUCGUUAGCCUGUUGAAUUUGGCGUUAGCACGUUCCACAGCCGAUGUGGCUAGUAGCAUCUAUUGUAGAUCCACAUGCUGGAGCAGUGUUGGCAUAUUUAAUACUGAGGGACAGUCAAGAAACUGAAAACAUUGAGCCUCAUUUGAAUCCUUUUUAAUAACCAGAGCAGCAGGUCGGGUGUGGGAAACGUUUUAUUUUCCACGUUGCUUUUCCCAUCGCCCGCCACACUUCAUCCUGCAACACCAGCUCAGCUGGUUCUGUUGGUACAUUCUCCUCUGCUGUGUGCUGCGUCAGCAUGUAUGUCUGUUGAUGCCCUGUGUUAAUGUACUUGAUAGACAUGCCCCAUGGUACACUGACUGUUGCACUUAUAUACUUUGAGUUUUCUGCCAAAUAAAUGCUGUUGAGAUGUCUGAUCCUACCCCUGGUCUAACUCUGAGAAUGAAUCACAUUACAUUAUCAGCUUCAUCAGGCCAUUUGCAACACUUCACGGCCUGGAUCGUGGGUGAGUCUUGACCUUGAGCAUCCAUCAACUCCUGCCUGGACAGAUGUCCGAGUGUGUUAAGCUGCAUGCAUGUAGGAAUAGCAUGGACGUCUGCAACACAGUCACGAGAAGCACCAAUCUGUUCUGUACACCUACGAGAGUCUUCAGAGUAGUCAAGGAAACCGACUAGCUGGCACAUAGACUUAACUUGAACCUGCUCUUGGAUUCAUUCUUGACAACAGAUCAGUGUCAGUGUUGGUCCUGCCAGGUCAUAAAUAACGUCAUAAACAUACACUGACAAAUCUGUCAGCCAAUGAUGCCCUGUAACACUGAGCUUCACUCAGGUAAGGACAGAUGUUAGGUGAAAUGUGGGCAUUCUUGACCGAGAAUGGCAAUGAGUCCAGCUAGACAGGGACUCGCAUGACACCAUAGGAGGGCCAGGAAAAAGAGAGAAUUAAGGCAUUUGUGAGGCAGUUUUUUUAUGCUCUACAAAUGCCUCGGUGCGAGACUGAUCCCACCUAGCUCCAAAUGGAUCAUCCAGAUAGACAGCUUUGUGUGCAGAAUACUUACAUUUAAAUUCUCUCAGAUUUCUUUUGAGCUAAGUUUGACAAUGCAUUUAUUAUUUUUGUUUUAUUUCAGGAACACUUCUAUCAUGCUGCAAGCAGCACAGGAUACAUGUCUUGGCGUCUGAAAACUGUCCAAGGAAAGAUUCGUCGUGGAUCUCCACUGCCACCAAAUAGCCCUAUGGACGUUUCCCAGGGGGGCCCAAAUCUUCAAAGGACUGUUGAUGUGGAAAGGUAGCUCAUUGGGGAUGCUUGCCAGGAGGCCAUGUCUUUGCUCAACCAUACCACGGACAACUGUGUGAUUUUCCAGAGGAUGAAAGAGACAUUUCAGCCUCGUCAGAAGCUAGUCAGUGACCCAGGCAGAAGUGAUCAUGUCCUCUCUACCUUUCCAAGAUUCCUGGAUACACAAGGACCGGGAAGUUAGGAAUUCUGUUUUGAAUAGUUGAAAUUUUUAGUAGCAGUUGUUUAAUAUUUCCUUUCUUAAAGGUGGACCAAGACUUCAGUCUCAUGUUUGAUGACGGCUCAUCCUCCAGGGAUUUGACAUUUGUUUUUGCUUGCUGUCACAGCAGUUUGCAGUGACAGUUGUUUUAUUAGCCCUUAUAUAUAAUAAAAAUGAAAGAAACGAGUACCUUUGACAGUCUCAGCUGUCUUUGUUUAUUCUUGUGCAUCUCUGAAACUCGAUCUACUUUUGGA